GCUUUAUUGUGUGUUCCCCCCCCCCGCCCCUCCGCGCUCUCCCGCUCCUCCCCGAGCCGGGGGAGGUCGCGGUCCUGCUCCGGGCACGGCGGGCCCCGCUGGCACCCCCGCGCCGGAGCGGGGCUCCGGGGGCUGCUCAGGGUGGGGACUGCCAAGCCUGGGGCGGUUUUUCAGGCUCGGAGGGUGGGUGUUUCGAACCCUUCCCCAGAAGCAGGUUGGCUUGGGGACCAGCGGUGCCCUGCAGCUCCCUCCCAGCGUUUCUCUCCCUGCCAGAGCCGAGGGCAGGGUUUUCCCACGCGGGGGUAGCAGAGACGAUUUGGUUUCUUCUUCCUCGCCUGCCCAGCCGAGGCAACUGGGUGGAGAGGGAGAGCUUGUGCUGGGCGUUAGAGGAACCCAGGAGGCCAAAACCCAGCCUGCAACAGGGACCCACCGGCCGAGGGAAGGCACGGGCUGACCCUACCAGCCAGGGUGUCCCUGGGCUGGCGGGAGACACACUUGUUGCCCGUCUGGGUGGAAAGAGGAACAACAGAUCGCGCUUUCUUUAUUGAUACCUGUGCUGUUUGUGGCUGGCAGCAAGCCGAGACUUUCCUUGGUGAUGCGCUCGGGGGGUUUCUCAUCCCAAACACCCGCUGUGCUCUUGGACGGGCUGAGGUUUCAGGCUCACGCCGGUGUUAGUCUCGGCCACAGCCGCUUUGCUCAGGGCCUUGUUCCAGGGGCACGUGCGUGGGAUGCCAGCAGCACAGCACAGGGCUCUCUGGAAACACCCUGGCUGCCUCAGCACCCACCAGCCAACUUUCGGCUGCUUCUUGGGGUCACCUUCCCACAGGGAAGACUGUCCUCACACCUUUUUAGCAUCCUCAGCUUAGAGACCUUCCAGGCGCGCACCCACAGCGCUUCCAAAAGUCCCCGCACCUCCCGUGAUGUGACCCAGGGAACCCGAAUCUGUCUGGCUCUUUUGGGGCUUCCCCCCGGCUGUGGAUGCACUCACCGUUGUCCCCUGUCACCCACUGUCCUGUUCAGCCAGUCCCUCGUGGAGCAGAGCAGGGAACUGGGGCUUCCUAAGGUGAAGCAGCCAGAGUGGCACUUGUACCUCUCCCUUUCGUGUUUUCCUUUUUUUUCCCCUUCCCUUUCCCCUUCCUCUUCCCAGGAUGAAGCAGCCAGAGUUGCACUUGUACCUCUUCCUUUUGUGUUUUCUUUUUUUUUUCCCCUUCCCUUUCCCCUUCCUCUUCCCAUUCCGCUUUCCCUUUCCCCUUCUCUCCCACUGCUGUAGUAGCCGGGACUCCAGCUCGCCAAGCCUUUGCUUUUGUUUUUGUUUCUGUUUUUCUGUUGUAGUCACAAAUUAAUCUUUGCUGUUAGGGGAUAAAAGCCAGGACAGAUGGCUCCGGGGAGAGCCCGGGAAGCCCGAGGCGAAGCGGCCGGCACGCCGCUCUUCCCCUGCGCCUAAUGGCAGCAUCGCUUGAGGGGUCAUCACGUUGGACCCACGUCGGGCUCCCAGGCCCAGCACCAAGCCACGAGCCAGGAGCCCAUCAGCAUGGCGGGGAAGUGCGACACCAUCUACAAGGGCUUUGCCGGCUGCCUCCUCAGCCUGGGGGAGAGCAUGACCCAGAGCGUCCGGCAGCAGCGGGAGGAAGGCAGCGAGGAGGCGCAGGAGCUGGACACCAUCUGCAAGUUCUGGGAUGACUUCCACGCCUGCGCCAGCGAGGUGCUGUCGAGCUGCCCUGAGGAAGCAGCCGCCAUCUGGGAGUCGCUGCGUCAGGAAUCCCGCAAGAUCCAGUUCCAGGGGAACCUGCAGGAGCUGUGCAGUGCCCGGGGACGCCUGGCCAGCGCCCACGGCUCGCCGGCCGCCGAAACCAACCAGGCCACGCUGCGGGGCUCGGCCACCCCCCUGCGCCCCUGCCUCCUGGCACUGCUGGCCCUGUCGCUGCUGGUGCCCUGGCUCUAGCCCUGCUUGCCCGCGGGUGCCCGGUGCUGGCCGGGCACAGGCACCCAUGGUCCCUGCCGAGCCCACCUCCCCACCCCGAGCAUCCCUCGCGGGGCACAGUCCUCUCCUGCAGCCCUUCAGAUGGAUCUAUAUUUAUAUUAAAAGACACUUUUACAUUU